AUGGCUUCGUCAAUACAGGAGCUGGACGCCACUGUCCAGGCCUUCUACACUGGCCACGGUGAACAGGNNUACGCCAUGGACAUUCUGCAUCUAGUACUGCACAGGCUGACACCUUUUCAACAGCAAAAACAAGCCCAGGCUACCCUCAACCAGUUCAAGGAAAACCCCGACGCAUGGCUCAUGGUCGACAAGAUCCUUCAAGAUGCCCAAUACCCUCAGACCAAGUUCCUCGGUCUACAAGUCCUUGACAAUGUGAUCAUGACGCGGUGGAAGGUCCUGCCCCGCGAGCAGUGCCAGGGCAUCCGCAACUUUGUCGUCCAGUUCAUCAUCCAAAUGUCGAGCACCGACGAGAGCCUGCGCAAGGAGAGAGCUCUGAUCAACAAGCUCAACCUGGUCCUCGUCUCCAUCCUCAAGCAGGAAUGGCCUCACAACUGGCCCACCUUCAUCAACGAGAUCAUAUCGUCCUGCCACAGCAGUCUACCCAUCUGCGAGAACAACAUGGCCAUCCUGCGUCUUCUCUCGGAAGAAGUUUUCGACUUCUCGGCCGAACAAAUGACCUCGACCAAGACGCGCCAACUCAAGCAGAGCAUGUGUGACGAGUUCACCUCCAUCUACAACCUGUGCAGCGAGAUUCUGCGCACCGCCACACAACCCUCGCUGAUCAAGGCUACCCUCGAGACUCUGCUGCGCUUCCUCAACUGGAUUCCUCUCGGCUUCAUCUUCGAGACUCCACCUACCGGCGUCAGCUUGCUCGAGACUCUUCGCAGCCGUUUCCUCGAGGUUCCCGAGUUCCGCAAUGUCACCCUCAAGUGCUUGACAGAAGUCGGCGGUCUCCAGACCGACCAGCAGUACAACGAGAAGCUCAUCGCCAUGUUCACCGACACCAUGACUACCAUCAGUACUGUCAUUCCUCUGUCGCUCGAUCUCAAGCAAACUUACGCUUCCAGCAACAGCCGUGACCAAGAAUUCGUCCAGAAUCUCGCACUCUUCCUGACCAACUUCUUCUCUAACCACCUUAGCAUCAUCGAGAACCUGCCCAACCCCGACUUCCUAGUCCACGGCCACUUCUACCUCAUUCGCAUCAGUCAGAUUGACGACCGCGAAAUCUUCAAGAUCUGUCUGGAAUACUGGACCAAGCUGGUGUGCGAUCUCUACGACGAAAUGCAGCAACUUCCCAUCACCGACCUCAACCCUCUGGUCAGCAUGACUAUGAGCGGUCUCUCCAAUGGCGGCGCCCCUCAUCCUCAGACCAUGGCUGGCUAUCCUCUUCGCAAGAACAAGUAUGGCGAAGUCUUGACAAACCUCCGUCAGGUCAUGAUCGAAAAGAUGGUCCGUCCUGAGGAAGUCUUGAUCGUCGAGAACGACGAAGGUGAAAUUGUCCGCGAGUUUGUCAAGGAGAGCGACACAAUCCAGCUCUACAAGACCACUAGAGAGUGUUUGGUCUUCCUUACCCACUUGGACGUUGUCGACACCGAGACCAUCAUGUCCGACAAGCUCUCUAAGCAGGUCGACGGUUCUGAAUGGUCUUGGGCAAACUGCAACACUCUUUGCUGGGCCAUCGGUUCCAUCUCGGGUGCCAUGAACGAAGAGACCGAGAAGCGCUUCUUGGUCACCGUCAUCAAGGAUCUUCUCGGCUUGACUGAGCAGAAGCGUGGCAAGGACAACAAGGCCGUCGUCGCGUCCAAUAUCAUGUACAUUGUCGGCCAGUACCCUCGCUUCCUCAAGGCUCACUGGAAGUUCCUCAAGACUGUCGUCAACAAGCUGUUCGAGUUCAUGCACGAGACCCACGAGGGUGUUCAAGACAUGGCUUGCGAUACCUUCAUCAAAAUUGCCAACAAGUGCAAGCGUCACUUUGUCUUGACUCAGCCUGGCGAGUCGGAGCCUUUCAUCGACGAAAUUGUGCGUAACAUGCGCAAGAUCACCUGUGAUUUGUCUCCCCAGCAGGUCCACACCUUCUACGAGGCUUGCGGUUACAUGAUCAGCGCGCAGGGCCAGAAGGCUAUGCAGGAGCGUUUGAUCGGCGAGCUCAUGGCUCUUCCUAACCAAGCUUGGGAUGCCAUCAUCCAGUCCGCACACGUCGACCCCAACAUCCUCCAAGAUGCCGAGACCAUCAAGGUCGUAGGCAACAUCAUGAAGACCAAUGUCUCUGCCUGCUCUUCGGUCGGAAGUUACUUCUACCCUCAGAUUGGCAAGAUCUACCUCGACAUGCUCACCAUGUACCGCGCUAGCAGUCAGCUCAUUGAUGAAGCUGUGCAAAGAGAUGGUAACAUUGCCACCAAGAUGCCCAAGGUCCGCGGCCUUAGAACCAUCAAGAAGGAGAUCCUCAAGUUGAUCAGCACAUACGUUGACAAGGCUGACGACCUUGAGAUGGUCCACGAGCGCCUUGUGCCCGACCUGUUGCAAGCUGUUCUUCUCGACUACCAGAACAACGUCCCUGAUGCUCGCGAGGCUGAGGUCCUGAACGUCAUGACUACCAUCAUCAAGAAGCUCCAAGUACGUUGGACCCCUAAUCGUAGCAGACACUCGGUCGGCUUGAUCGCUAUUCCACUUUGCACGCAUCUCGCUAACAUCUCUCAGGGCUUGAUGACCAAGGACGUUCCCGGCAUUCUCGGUGCUGUCUUCGAGUGCACUCUGGACAUGAUCAACAAGGACUUCUCCGAAUACCCCGAACACCGUGUCGAGUUCUUCAAGCUUCUCCGCGAGAUCAACUUGCGUUGUUUCCCUGCUCUGCUUCAGCUCGAUCAGCGCCAGUUCAAGUUUGUCAUCGACUCUUGCAUGUGGGCCAGCAAGCACGACAACCGUCUGGUUGAGGGCGAGGGUCUCAACAUGUGCUUCGAGCUUGUCCAGAACAUGUCAGAGACCGACGCCGAGAUCAGCGGACCCUUCUUCCAGAACUUCUACACUACCAUUCUCCAGGAUGUCUUCUUCGUCUUGACCGACUCGGACCACAAGGCUGGCUUUAAGUACCAGUCUAUGCUCCUCGCACAAAUGUUCUACCUCGUUGGCUCUGGCAAGCUGAACUCGCCCAUCUACACCUCUGACAUGGCACCUGCGGGUACAUCGAACAGAGAGUUCCUUCAAAACUUCGUCGGUAACCUUCUCGUCAAUGCCUUCCCCAACCUCACACCCGCACAGAUCCAGAAGUUCAUCACGGAUCUGUUCUCGCAAGCCGAUGACAUUAACCGCUUCAAGCUCACAUUGCGCGACUUCUUGAUUCAGCUCAAGGAGUUUGCUGGAGACAAUGCCGAAUUGUUCAUCGAGGAUCGUGAGAAGGCUGCCCAAGAGGCCAAGGUGCAGGAGAGAGAGCGCGCCAUGAAGGUCGGCGGUCUGCUCAAGCCCAGUGAGAUCGAUGAUGACGAGCUGUGA